CCCGCCUCCGGUGCCAUCUUGCCGCGGCCGCGGGGAGCCGAGCGCGCCCGGCCAUGCCGCACUUCCAGGCUUGGGAGGAGUUCACCCGUGCCGCCGAGAAGCUCUACCUCGCCGACCCCAUGAAGGUCCGUGUUGUCCUCAAAUACCGACACUGUGAUGGGAACCUCUGUAUCAAGGUGACAGAUGAUGUGGCUUGUUUGCUGUACAGAACAGACCAGGCACAAGACGUGAAGAAGAUUGAGAAAUUCCACAGUCAGCUCAUGCGACUCAUGGUGGCCAAGGAGUCCCGCAGUGCUGCCAUGGAAACAGACUGAAGGGCUGCCAAGAAAAUCACUGCUCUGCUCAUAUUUCACUGGAAACAAAUCUUUGGGAUUGCAACAAAAAAAAAAAAAAAAAAAAAAAAAAAAAAAAAAAAAAGACUGGGGCAGGAGAUGCUUUUAUGUACUGAAGUGGACUAGUGGACUGAUGGCAAGUCUGAAGCAUUUUCACCCCUCAGACUCCACUUUGGGAAUCUAGGAGAAUAAGUGCUUUCAAUUGAAAGCUUAUAUUUAUUUUUGGGUAUUAAGCAACUAUUCUUACACGUUAGGUAUGCUAAGAAGACAAGUAAAUAUUUUAAAUCUACAGUAUGUUAAUGCAAAUUUGCUAGGCCACAGGCAUACUUCUGGAAAGUUACUGUAAAAUCUCAUCUAGAUUUCAUUGUGUUCAUACCUGGUGUAUUCUCAAAAUGAGAGGGUUUAUUAAUCACAUACUGUAGCAUGGUGGCUGGGUUUAAUAAAUACUUACAUACAUUAUAUAAAUCUGUUGGGUUUAGAAUAACAGAUGUUUUCUGAACUGAAAUGUUGAAAUUGCCAAUUUGUAUUACCACUGUUGCUGGCAGCACUCAGUCAUAAGAUGUACAACAUUAUCUAUAAUGCAGUUUGCAGAACUCUUAUAUUGGCUAAGUGAUUAAACUUCUGUAUCUCAAAAAAUUAAAACAGAACUUCACUUGAAUAUUCCUAGAGAUCUGUGAGAAGCUGGGAGGGUUUUUUUCUGCUUGUGCAAAUACUGUUACUAAAAAACAGUCAGUGGCUUUUUUACAUACUUGAACUAUUUUGUACAAGCAGGGGUUUGUUUUCCCAUCCUUGCUUCAGGCAGAGUUGAAGUAUAUCAGCAAGACAAAUUCUAGAAGCUCUUGCCUAUUAUGCUAAUAGAAAAUAUCCAGCUGAACAGUACCCAGAUUCCUUACUCCAGCAGCUUGUUAACUGCAAUUGCAAAUGUUACAUGUGGCAGGUGGAUGUCAGCCAAAUGGAUAAAUGGAUGCAAACACCUUAAUAAAUACUUAAAUACCACUGUCAGAAAUAGACCAAUGCUCCUGUAGCUUAGAUGUGUUUCUCACAGUAACUUCUGGUAGGCUGAUGGAAGCUUUAAUUGUCUCUUGUAAAAAAGCUUUUUGUUUGAAAACCCAGUAGCUAAAAUUGAUACUUGCUUUGACUAGGUCUUGCAUACUUGAAAACAGAGGAGCAUUUUCAUGUAAUUAGGCUAUUGAUAUAACUAGGUGCUUUCAGAACUGAUUUUUUGGGGUUAAACCAAGCCACAAAAGUAAAGCAGGACCAUACUUGUAGUGGCAUUUUUAUAUAACAAAACAAUCUAUUUAGGUAGCUACCUGCUGUCACUUACAUAAAAAUAAUGGAGCUACUGGGAAGCAGUGGACUUUCAACAUUUGCCAAAAGCUUGGAGAAAACCCACCAGGCUUGAAUAUUGCAUUAGAGUACCCUUGCAGCUGAACACAGAAUGUUGCACGUUGUUGGAAAAUACUGCAGCACUAAAUUCCUGGUGACUGCUCAAAAUUCUGGUCUGCAACAGUGACUGGUAUGUGUGUAACAUUUUUGUAUUGGCUUUUGAAAUAUAAAUAAAGCCAGAGAGAAGGCUGGACUCCGUUCAUUGUUAAGCUUUCAUGAGAUACUGUAAUACUGAAAUUUUUAUUUGGUGCUCCAAAUAACUUUGCUAAUAUUUGCAAUAAAGUAGUACAGAGACUGGGUGUA